AUGUAUUUUGAAGAAGAAAGCUCAAGCAAUGAAGGAGAUGCUAUGGAAGCGGUAGUGAGUACAUUGAUAGAAGAAAGCGACCUGAAUAUCGACUUGGAAGAGUGCGUUAACGAGGGAGUCGAUGAGUGUAAUCUCACUAAACGUUUUCCGUGUCGGCUUUGUUCGAAAAUUUGUAGGUCGAAAGGUGGUCUUACUUUACAUACAAGGCAAAGCAUGGUGAGAAAACGGCCGUUACAAAGUCGGUUUCGCCAUUGACUUCGGAGGUCGUUGGUGAAAUCGUAGACAAAGCAACACAGUCCGUCGUAAAAUCGAAAUUGUAUGGGGACGCAAUGACGAAAUUGUUUGGUGAAGCUGACCUGAAGGCAUCUAAAGAUCUUGUGAGGCAUUUGGCAACUUUGUACGACCAAUAUUGCGAAAAGUUGAAUAGAGAUAAACUCUUAAAAAACUUUUACAAGCUUAUGCCUGAAA